CACGGCCGCCACCACACCGACGAAAGUCUUUGCUAACGCCAGCAGCCCAGCAACCAGCAGCAGCCCCCGCCCCCCGCCUCGCCUCGCCCGCCGUUAAAUAACAUCUCCAUCUCGCUUUGCUCCCGCACUAACCACGCCAUCACUUCUUCCGUUAACUGCAUUCUCCGCGCGGCAGUGGCAGCGGGAGGGAGGACCAGCAGCGGCCGCGGCGACCUGGUGGUGGUGCGCCGGCAGCGGCAGGAGGUGGGUUUCUGCGGCUUCGGCCUCAGCGAAGGGCGAGAUGGAGAGCACGCUCAAGGGGAUACGCGGCAGCGACGCGCCGUGCGUGCUGGACAUGGACGACGCGGCCACCGUGGCGGGCGGCGUCGAGGACACCUACGGCGAGGACCGCGCCACCGAGGAGCAGCUCGUCACGCCAUGGACCGUCUCCGUCGCCAGCGGUUACAAUUUGCUGAGGGAUCCCCGUUACAACAAGGGACUUGCGUUCACAGAGAGGGAGCGUGAGACGCACUACCUCCGUGGCCUUCUGCCACCAGCUAUUGUAUCUCAGGAGCUCCAGGAGAGAAAGAUCAUGAAUAAUAUCCGACAAUACCAGUUGCCUUUGCAGCGCUACAUGGCCCUCAUGGACCUCCAGGAAGGGAAUGAGAGGCUUUUCUACAAGCUGCUUAUUGACAAUGUGGAGGAGUUACUUCCUAUCGUCUACACACCAACUGUAGGCGAGGCCUGCCAAAAGUAUGGAUCCAUUUUUAGUCGUCCUCAGGGUCUUUAUAUCAGUUUGAAGGAGAAGGGAAAGAUCCUUGAGGUGCUGAAGAACUGGCCAGAGAGGAGCAUUCAAGUUAUUGUUGUUACUGAUGGUGAACGGAUUUUGGGGCUUGGAGAUCUCGGAUGCCAGGGAAUGGGGAUUCCUGUUGGUAAACUUUCCCUUUACACUGCCCUGGGAGGAGUUCGUCCAUCUGCUUGCUUGCCAAUCACAUUGGAUGUUGGUACAAAUAAUGAGGAGCUGCUUAAUGACGAAUUUUACAUUGGCUUGAGACAAAGAAGAGCCACGGGCCAGGAGUACACUGAUUUUCUGCAAGAAUUUAUGAGUGCUGUGAAACAAAACUAUGGGGAAAAAGUGCUCAUUCAGUUUGAGGAUUUUGCCAACCAUAAUGCUUUUGAUCUCCUUGCAAGAUAUGGCACCACUCACCUUGUAUUCAAUGAUGAUAUUCAGGGAACAGCUUCUGUGGUUCUUGCUGGGCUUAUUGCAGCCCAAACACUACUUGGUGGUUCAUUGGCAGAUCACACUUACCUUUUCCUGGGUGCUGGAGAGGCUGGGACAGGUAUCGCUGAACUAAUAGCUCUUGAGAUCUCACGUCAGACGAAAGCUCCUAUAGAGGAGUGCCGCAAGAAAAUCUGGCUUGUUGAUUCAAAGGGUUUGAUUGUCAGUACACGAAAGGAGUCCCUUCAACACUUCAAGAAACCAUGGGCCCAUGAGCAUAAACCAGUCAACAACCUCUUAGAUGCUGUUAACGCUAUCAAACCAACAGUGUUGAUUGGCACAUCCGGGAAGGGGCAAACUUUCACAAAAGACGUUAUUGAAGCGAUCUCCUCAUUUAACGAGAGACCAAUCAUUCUUGCCCUUUCGAACCCAACGUCGCAAUCUGAAUGCACAGCUGAGCAAGCUUACACAUGGAGCAAGGGCCAAGCAGUGUUUGCAACUGGGAGUCCAUUUGAUCCUGUGGAGUACAAUGGCAAGAUACAUGUUCCCGGACAGGCAAACAAUGCCUAUAUCUUCCCAGGGUUUGGCCUUGGUGUGGUGAUGUCUGGGGCUAUCCGCGUUCAUGAUGACAUGCUUCUGGCAGCAUCGGAGGCUCUGGCCCAGCAGGUCACAGAAGAAAAUUUUGAAAAGGGGCUCAUUUAUCCUCCCUUCUCAAACAUCAGGAAGAUCUCUGCCCACAUUGCAGCCAACGUUGCAGCGAAGGCAUAUGAACUUGGUUUGGCAAGUAGGCGCCCUCGGCCAAAGGACCUGGUGAAAUUUGCAGAGAGCUGCAUGUACAGCCCCAUUUACCGCAACUACCGCUGAAUGCGAAUCAACUCCAGUUAUGUACAAUCAGUAGCCUUGCAUCAACUGCAAGAUUUCCUAAGAAUACAACUUGGUUCAGUCUUCCAUGCUUCAAUACGGCUACCUCUAAGCUUUCUAGCAUAGUUGUUUCACGUCCUGUUCUGCCCCUAUGUAUUCCGCAGUGUUUAUCUUUUGCGAUGUGAUGUAAAAUAGCCCCGGUUAGGCUUUUGGAUCCUAGUCAAUCAUGGCACUGCUGCCGUCCUUCCGGAGAAGGAUAAAUUUGGAAUAAAGUUUGAAUCGACGAUUCCUCCGUCGGUACUGCGUCUACGUUCACCUCGACGUUUUUUGCUUGACACUUGCUAUUGUUUUCAGCGAGUGCUUGGUUGUAUGCGUGUUUGUUGGUAACACCAGGAAA